GGUUAGCGGAAGAGGGUAGAGAGCGGUUCUCUUAUCUCUCUCUCUCUCUCUCUCCGUCUCCCACCCCCCGCGCCCGCCCCUCUUUGUGUGGCUUCCUAGGGUUUCGUCUUCGAUCGAUCCGUCCUGUCGAUCGCGGUCUUCCCGGAAUCGAUGGCGAGGAAGCGGAAAACGGAGGCGACGCGACUCGAUGAGGUGGAUCGCACGCUGUAUUCGACCUUCUGCAGCGCGGCCAACUCGCUCUCACAGCUGUACACGCAGGCCAUGAACCAGCAGAAGAUAUCCUUCCAGGCCGGGGAGCGCCAUGCCCUGGAGAAGCUUUAUGAAUGGAUCUUGAGAAAACACGAGGAAGGGGGACGGGUUACAGUUGCUGAUAUAGUUACCCAUAUGCAGAGUGAGAUGGAUUAUGCUGGAGAAGAUGCAUUAGUCUCCCCAAGAUCACCAUUCCAACAUCAAUCAACAAUGCAUGUUACAAACUCUGGCAUCCAACCAACGUCUGGUAUAUUCGGGCAGCCAACAGUCGGACUUGCCCCUCGUAGCGGUCACUCUGAUCAAGCCAAAAACUCUGUUUUCUCAAAUGCUCUUUCCAGCCCUGUACGCAGGAGCCUUCAGCCAUAUCAUUUUGCUCAGGGAGGUGGGUUUUAUGGAAAUGGUGUCCUCCCAAGUGGGAAUGCAGAAUCUAGGAACCACCAUGAUCCAAAUGAAAACCGUGGUACAAAUUCUCUUGGUUCCAAUGAUUCAUCCAUGGACAUUCACACCGAUAGCCGGCCUCAUGAAUCUUAUUGACAACUCUACCAACCUCAUGCAUAUCUAGUUCAACCACUGCAGCCUCAAAUCUCUGAUCUGCAACAUCCAAGUAAGAUAUAUCAAUAAGGGCUGAGUUCUGAAGAUGAGCUCUCCGCCUGUCCUGCUACAUGAUGCAUCUGGCAAUUGGUGCUGGCUAUAUUAUAAAUCGUGUGCCAUUAUUUGCUCGUUACUCUAUUGAUCUAGUCAUCUUUUUCUUUUCUUUUUUUUUCUUUUUGUUUUAAAUGGACUCGCUAUUUAUGUUGUCAGGUGUGAGAUUUAUUUUUGAGUCUGGUAAUUGCUUUGUACAUGAAUGGGAGAUUCAUGUACAAGAUGGAUGUAUGUUGUUAAUAAUUGAUGGCUUGCUAUUUCACUUUA